GGGUAACGAACGCCGAGCAAUAUGAUGAAAUGUCUUUAGAGUUAUUGAAUGAGAAGCUAGAGUUGGCAAUAUUGUAUUUCAAAACAGCAGAGUAUAAUAAGGCUCUAAAAUUGUAUGAUGUGUUGGUUAAACUUUUGACUAACUUAUCUAUUUCAACAAUAAAGAAGGCCCGUAAAGAAAAAGGUAUAGUAGAAGUUCCUGUGAUAGGUGUAUGUGUUCAUCCAUCAUUGGUUUCAGUUCUUGACCAAAGAGCUGCUACACAUGAGAAAUUGAAUUCAUUAUCAAAAGCUUUGUUAGAUGCACAACAAAUCACCAGAAUUGAUCCCAUCAGUUGUAAGGGUUAUUUACGAAUUGGAAAGAUCUUACGAAGGAUGGGUAGAGAUAUUGACGCAUAUAAGCUGUAUCAGGAAGGAAUUUAUAUUAUAGAUCGAUCUAUUAAGCAACAUAACAUUAUUGUUCCUGAAAAGUUAUUAUUGCAAUUAAAGAGCCAGUAUAAAGACUUAAAUCAAAAACUUCGUACAGCAAGCCAAAGAGAUCGCUCAUCUUCAGAUGAAAACAAUUCAUCACAAAAUAGGGCUUCUCAGAAGUCGUUAGAUCGUAAGUUGAAUCAAUUGCUUCCUUUAAAGCGAUCUCUGGAAGAUUCUGUGAGUGGAAGAACUAAACGUAUACAGAAGUCAGGGGUAGAUCCAUUCUUAUAUUUAUCGCAAGACUUAAUAGAAUUAAUUUUCAGUCAAUUCCCUUUAAAUUCAUUAUUGAAAUGUCAUAAAGUUUGCAAAUUAUGGUAUAAUGUAUUAACAAAUAUUCCUGCUCUAUACAAUAAUAAGUUUAUCCUAAAACCAAAAAUAACUAAUUCAGAAUUUUCAUCAGGUAUAAAGUUAAUUAAGAAAAUAGUUCAUAAAUCAUAUUCAAAGCAGGUUAAAGUUUUAAGAGUUAGAUCAACAGUCAAUAGCGCACAUCUCAGUAAAGUCAUAGAUUUAAUUAUCCAGGAACCUAACUUCAGUAUUCAAAAUUUAGAAAUAUUUGAUAACAACCUAUCAUUUCAACUUAUUUUGAGUAGGCUAAGUAAGUUUAGUUGGAAACUAAAUAACUUGAAUAACCUUCAAGAAUUAAGGCUUGGAAUUGUGGGAUCCAUCAGAAAUGAGAAUCUAUUAAUUCAAUUGUUUCCAAAAUUGAAACAUUUGCUGAUGAUAGUUACGGUUCCGGAACUAAGCGGCUCAAGUAAUGAUUUACUACCUGUUACUGAUAAAAGAUAUCAGAAACUUAUAGAGAUAUCUUUGGUUUCCACUUCUAGUCUUGUUUUCCUAGAAACAUUAGCACUAGUGAAUCAUCCUCAAUUGUUACGUUCAAAUUCUCGUGUUGCUGCAGGUAAUAAUACGUUUAAUCCUUAUCCUAUAUUUCUAGACAAAACUUUUCCCAAUUUAAAAGAAUUAUCUAUAGCAUCCUAUGAGUUUUAUAAUACACUUCCUAUGUUGGGAGAAUUCUUAACCAAUUCUCCCAAUUUAACUAAAUUGAUCAUGGAGAAUAAUGUGAAUUUCAAAUUACUAGAUUUCUUGCAAUUAUUGAAAAAUUAUAACCCUAAAUUAAAACUAAAUAAACUUAUAUUCCGAGAAGAAAAGUUAAAUUCUGCAACUAGCUUGAAUGAAUUUGAUAUUACUGACUUGCCUCAAUUAUCGUCAUUGGAACAUCUUGAUUUAUAUGGAAGUUCUUUAUCCAAUAAGGGUUUACUAAAACUUCUUAGAAUGUGUAACAUGAAUGGGCAAUUGAAUACAAUAGUAAUUGGCCCAGCUGGUUAUAUUCAUUUUAAGACAGAUACUUUUCCCGUGGGUUCUGGUUUAAUAUUAUCUUUAAAACAACUAAUUAGAGUAGCUCCUAACUUGGAGAGAUUGUAUCUAAAUGAGUUAGACCUUGAUAAUCUGACAUUGAAGGACUUCAGUAGGGAUUUACGUGAUAUGAACUUCAAAAAAAGUAAUCUUAAACUUCUAGAUCUUAGUUUCUGUGUGAAGGUUGAAGGUAUCGGAUUAAUUGAUUUGUUUGAUGCUUCCUCUACAAAUCUAAAAAGAAUUGCAAAAGGAGACAAUUUUGAUCGUCUCAGUAUAGAUGAAUUAGUUAUAGAUGGAGUGGAAAUUAAUUCACAAACAUUAAAGAUGUUGAAAGAUUUUAAGUAUGUUAAAGAAAUACGAAAUGAUAUAAAUAAAAGGAAAUGGAAAGUAUUUGGAGUCAAUAGUUUAAUAGUUUCUAAUUGAUUGCAAAAUUAUUUAUGGUGAAUAUAUUUGCCGCUUUGCACGACCAAAUAUUUUUUUUUUUGUUUUGCAAAAAAAAAUGCCUGUAUUAAAAAAAGAGAUGCCAUCUGUGAAUCAAAAGAAUUAUUGUAACUACAAGAGAAUACGUUGACACAUUGAAAAUGGCGGUUACUAGGAGUCAAAUUAAGUCGGAUAAGAAGCCCACAAAAAUAAAGUUUCAGGAUGAUGAUGCUAAUUCAACAAUUAACAAUGACUACCAUACAGCAGAGGAAAGUGUUUAUGAUGUAGCAGAAGAAGACAAUGUAGACAUAGAAGAAAUAGACCAAGAUGAAGAUGAAGAUGAUGAUGAUGAUGAUGAUG